AUUGAUUUUCCGUUCCGCACGUUUCUUUAAUGUGACGUCUAUGACAGACGGUGACAUGCUAACAAAAUAUAGCUCAAGUGGGCAAUCUAUUUUCUGAUUGGUCAAUUCGGUAACUAGUCUGGUAUUUAGGUUAAAACACAGCACUCGUUCCAUACUUUCUUUAUGGCUAUCGGUAGCUGAAGAGCAGUUUCAUAACACUCGUAACAUGAAGAUUUUGCUUCUGUAUGGUGCACUCUUGACUGUCAGCCUUGUGCUGGCCCAGGAGCCACCGGGACCACCGGAACCACCAGGACCGCCGGAACCACCGGGGCCACCGGAGCCACCGGGACCACCGGAACCUCCGGGACCGUCGAAACCACCGGGACCGCCGGAGAAACAUCCUUUGAAGCAAUGCCAGGAAAAAUGGAAUAUAUGCGUCGGUGAAGAAGAGGGCGGUUUCGGAUGUCUGCCGAAAUACUACGAAUGCUUGAAUGAGUACACGAGGAAAUGCAGGGAGCUGUACAAAAACAAAGGGUGUUACAACGCAAUUGGAAAAGAUGCCUGUUGGCACAAAUUGGAAGUGUGUUAUGGAAAAACUCCUGAGAAGUAAUGGUUAACUGAUGUGCACGCUCAUAACAAUUGUAACACGUUAUGAAAUGAAAUGAAAUAAAAAUGAAAUAAAAGUCG